AUGGUUUUAAAAAACAAGUUGGAAAAAAUUAUAAAUAACUUUGAAACGAGAAUUAAGGAGUUAGAGCAAAAUAACGAAGAGUUAAGUUCCCAAUUCAAAUAUUUAGAAGAAAGGGUUAGAGAGCAAGAAAAAGAAACCAAAGCCAAGCAAGAAACUAUAAAAAAUUUAGAAGAAAAGGUUAGAGAAGAAACCCAAGCUAAGCAAGAUAUUAUUAAAAAUUAUGAAGAAAAGUUUAAAGAACGUGAGGAAGUAUCUAAAGAAAAGCAAAUAAUUAUUAAUGAAUUGGAAGAAAGA